AUGAAUGGACUUCGAAUAGAGCGUAGUGCCAGGGACGGUCUCUACAUCUACGAGCCAUCUGGACCGGUGCUCAUAGCGAAUUCGACAUUUUCGUGGAACAGGGGACAUGGUAUCAUGGUGGACAACACCACCGAUGGACGGGUCUUUAUAAAUAGUACUCGAGUUGAGAACAAUUUCGGCGACGGUAUAUGGUAUCGACAGAAAACCGGCUCGAAUCUACUGACACAUGGCAUCAGUAGGUUUCAACUUACGGCAUUAGACCAGCGAAUCUCGGCCGGGUUGCCUGAGGAGAAGCUCGAGUCAGACAUCUGUCUUGUCAGCAUUCACUACCGUCUCAGUACUUCUUUCCACAUCUAC